AUGGCUUUGUUGUCUGAUGUUUCCAUGAUAAGUGUGAGCUGGGUCAAAAUACUUCUGACUGCAGCAUGUAUAUUUCUUGUAUACAAGAUUGUGAAAUACUUCACUGGCGAGGUGAGGGAAAUACCACCAAACAUUACUAACCGACGACAACUUGGUUUUUCUGAAGAAGCGCUAGAUAUUCUUUCAAUGGAAAAAUCUGGCUCAGGGAAUAUAUGCUUGGGAAUAUCUAUAACAUCAAAACAGAGUCUGGUACACGAAUAUGUUCGGGACGCUCUGGUGCUGUUGGCCAAACGACAGCCGAUGCUUCGAGCAGUCAUAGGAAUAUUGGCGGACGGGGAUAAAUAUUUCGAGAUCAAGGAAAUCAAUGAAGUGAUUGCAAUGUUCGACAUCACUAUUUCCCAUGUGAAGGCUUCAAACUGGGAAGAUGUCUGGUUCGAAUAUACAGCAAAACAACGAGAAAAUGGUCUGUUAUGGCGAGUUGUGAUAUUACAAGAGGAAUUCAUGCCAGACACUCGAGAUUAUGUUAAUACAUUAAUGUUUAACUUCAAUCAUGCAUGUACUGACGGUGUCUCUUCUGUGAAGUUUUGCAAGCAAUUUCUUAAUAAUAUGAAUGAACUUGCAAACGGUACUGGCUGUGUAGAUCAGGAAAUCUCCAGUCUAGAUCUGCUGCCACCUUUCCACCAGAUUGUCAUACGGGGACGAAUUUGGCAUUUAUUAUAUAAUUUUAUGCUGGCUUAUUGUGGCCUCCGACCAAUUUUAAAAUUUUGCAUGGAAAGACUGUUAGGUCACUUCAUAGAAAAGAAGCCGAAUAAUCCGUAUCACGAGCAGUUCCCACCAACUCCACAUGUCCCUAACUCACCCAUACCGAGUCGACUGAACGUAAAGGUCUUCACUGAGAGCGAAACGAAGAAUAUUAUUCAAGCGUGUAAAGCAAAUAAUUGCACAGUAACUGGAGCUAUCACAGCUGCGGCACAUUUAGCCUUUUGUGAACUUAUACAAAACGACAAAUCGAAAAAUAUGAAGUUCGAGUCCCUCUUUGCUAUGAAUGGUCGACGAUUCUGUGAUCCAAAACCGCACGACGAUUACCUGGGCUAUUUUGUGUAUGACAUGCAGGAAUUUUACAUGAAGUAUGUAGCAGGCGGUGGUGUUGAAUUUUGGAAGUUAGCUCAAGAAACUACUCAGCGAAUAAAAGAAUUUGUGAGGAAAGAAGCGUAUGUCGUUGAAGCCACGGUAAUUAGUAGAAUAAUGAAGCCAAGAGAACUUUUGAAAUUAUUCAUUAAUGAUAAGUUAUUUCCGAAAUCCGGAUGCAAUUACAUAUCAAGUUUCGGAUCUUUUCACUUAGGCGAACAGCAGCAUGACACUUAUAAACUACAUGAAUGUAUUAUAAACAGUCUUGUUCAUAAUAUAAACUGCACUUUCUAUCAUUUUAACCACACUAUUAAUGGUAAAAUGACUUGGCAAAUAGCCAGUAAUGUUACGGUAGAUAGUAACCACGCUGAGAAAUUUUCUAACCUUUGCUUCAAUAGAUUUAGUGAUUUAGAAAAAAGUGAUCAGGUCCAAUUUUAAAAGCUUAUCGAGAGCCUUUGUGAUGAAUCACUGAUCUAAAUAUAGAAUCCAACAGCAAUCAGAAUGCCGCGUUCGUGGGCGAACGCGGAAAGUGCAAAAUACCGGGUCUUCCUUGCAGGCAGACUAUUAUCCUUCGGUGGACCUGCACGCGGGCUAUAUUAUAAACUAUUAUUAUUUUCGAAAUUGAUACGAAUCUAUCGAGUGAUGGCAUACACUAACGAAAAAGUAACGAAUGUAUUAAUUGAGAAUUAAGCAUUGAAUUCUUUAUCUGGAAUCGGUAAUCCCAUCGUCUUGAAUAAUGAACAAAGAAUAUCAAUCCAACAUUUGUUGCUUGAUAGAGAUGUAAUAGAAAUGAAAAUGGAAAUACCGUAAUAAAAGAUUCAGAUUUGAAGAUAUAGGCUCGCAAACAACUCUUUAAGUAGUAUUUUUGAUAGCGAUUGGAACAAGGGAAUUACAAAGAAGAUACCUCCGAAGGGGCCGAUCGAAGUUAUGUUAGGAGAAAGGUAUGGCUAGUCCAUAUUUUUGUUCAGACAAUGGACAAUUUGUAUGUUAGACUAAAUUUAAUCUAAGUAAAGAAAAGGGAAUCAAACUCCAUAGCUAAACAGAACAUAAUGAAAUCGGUAAAAUUGCAAAAUUUGGUUGCGAAAUGUUGUAAAAUACAGAAAAUAUAGCCUAAAAAAGUUUGCAAAGUUUGCAUAUUUUCAGUAUAUUUGAAAGAGUUUUACAAAUACAUUUAAAGUAAGAUGUCUGAUGGACGAAAUCAUACGUUUGGUUGGCGGAACUCAGAAUGUGUAGUUUUUGGGCAGGCGGUAUUUCAGACUUCCCGAUCUUUCCUGCACGCGAAUACCGCCUCUUAUGCAGGCUACUCUAAACACUUUGUUUGUCCAUCCUUAAAUGUGAAAUCGGGACCUUUAAACUCUUUUCGAUGCAAAACUCAAGAAACACCUUUGAAAUACAUAUAAUCCGCCGUGAUUUUUCACAAUCAAGCUAUGACAGGUAUCAAUCAAUGAUUAUUUAAGAAUAAAUUAGCAUAUUUUUCAUUUUGAACCAAUCAAAUUCUUCGCUCUCUCCGAGAACGAGCAAAAACGGCAAAACACGUGGUUUCGUGCUGACUCUCCUUUCACCUGAGAGCCGCUACGCCGGUUAUAUCUUACCCUGAGCGUAUGGAUUUUCUGUGGAAAGGCGAGUUUUAUAGGUUAAUUAAAUUAAAGCUAACAGGAAAUUCAGUUGAAUAACUACUUAUCCUGCCCACGCACUGGACUUGCAUAAUAAAACUAAUAUGCAUGUGGUUAUUAUUACGAAAUAUUGCAAUUGAACUAUUUUAAUAGCACAUUGUUGUAUUGAUUAUUACUUCUACUGGUACACAUAUCAGCUAUGGCUUUGUUGUCUGAUGUUUCUAUAAGUGUUCGCUGGGUCAAAAUACUUCUGAGUUCUGACUGCAGCAUGUAUAUUUCUUGUAUACAACAUUGUGAAAUACUUCACUGGCGAGGUGAGGGAAAUACCACCAAACACUACUAACCGACGACAACUUGGUUUUUCUGAAGAAGCGCUAGAUAUUCUUUCAAUGGAAAAAUUUGGCUCAGGGAAUAUAUGCUUGGGAAUAUCUAUAACAUCAAAACAGAGUCUGGUACACGAACAUGUUCGGGACGCUCUGGUGCUGUUGGCCAAACGACAGCCGAUGCUUCGAGCAGUCAUAGGAACAUUGGCGGACGGGGAUAAAUAUUUCGAGAUCAAGGAAAUCAGUGAAGUGAUUGCAAUGUUCGACAUCACUAUUUCCCAUGUGAAGGCUUCAAACUGGGAAGAUGUCUGGUUCGAAUAUACAGCAAAACAACGAGCAAAUGGUCUGUUAUGGCGAGUUGUGAUAUUACAAGAGCAAUUCAUGCCAGACACUCGAGAUUAUGUUAAUACAUUAAUGUUUAACUUCAAUCAUGCAUGUACUGACGGUGUCUCUUCUGUGAAGUUUUGCCAGCAAUUUCUUAAUAAUAUGAAUGAACUUGCAAACGGUACUGGCUGUGUAGAUCAGGAAAUCUCCAGUCUAGAUCUGCUGCCACCUUUCCACCAGAUUGUCAUACGGGGACGAAUUUGGCAUUUAUUAUAUAAUUUUAUGCUGGCUUAUUGUGGCCUCCGACCGAUUUUAAAAUUUUGCAUGGAAAGAUUGUUAGGUCACUUCAUAGAAAAGAAGCCGAAUAAUCCGUAUAACGAGCAGUUCCCACCAAAUCCACAUGUCCCUAACUCACCCACUAAACCGAGUCAUAGUUAA